UCCGACUUCCGGUUGUCGCAGAUGCACACAUCCUCCGAUUUUACUCCUCCACUUUCAUCUGGAGUCGGUUGCUUCAGCCUUACCACUCAAACAAGCCCUGUGAAGAAGCAGAGAGACUUUUGAGGAGAUGGAAAACUCCAUUGGAAUGGUAUUAGUGCCCAUUGUGUACGUUGCCCAUGCGUCGGUAAUGGGCCGCGCAGUGCAUUGUAGGUGAAUCUGGGACAAGGAGAGCGCUCCUUUUAAGGAGUGAAUGGGAGUCAAUUGGUCGCUAGCUCAAAAACCCAACAUUAGCAUGUAUUUCAUGAAUAAGAAGUACAUUACAAAUAUUUUGAGACGUGAUAUAAUUCAUUUGUCAGUAAUAUCGUAUAGCUUUGUAAUCGUGACAUUAUGUACUUUAGAGGAAAAUAGGCAGGUUUGUCGACUCAGCCUAACAACUUCAACGCGAUUAGUCGACAGUCUGCUGGAUGGUGCCUUAUACGUUGAUAUCUCUGUAUUUAUUUAACAUCUCUGGUUAAAGAAUUCUGUGCAUCCCCGGCCUCAUUCACAUUGUAGCUAUCGGUUUCUAUUCGGAGGCAUUUUGGGAGUUGAAAAAUCACUUCCGGCAAGUAACUUGGGUGGUAAAGGUUAAAGGUAUUAAAGGUAGCCUUGCUCUGUUCUCAAAACAUUCACAUUGGUGGGAUAUAUUUUCGAGCAAAUUCUGCAUUGAUCUCGCCUGCUUCAAAGUGUUUAAAGAGGAGGAAUUCAAGAAAAGCGAUGAAACAGCAAGACGUUACUGCUCUCUCUUCCAAGUAUUAUCAAAUAUUUGGUAUGAUACAUAACUAGCUACUUACACGGUUUUGAACGUUUGCUUGCUAGAUAACGUUAGCGAACCUCAGUUUAUGCGUUAGCUCGGUGCCACCAAAUAUAGGACAAAGUUUCAAAUCGAACCCAAAAGUUAGUACAGACAAAUAAUACGAACUAGUUUUCAUGCGACUUGUUAGCUAGGUGCUGUGGAAGAAUGGGUUUUAGUUAAUACACGAGUUAUCAACCACGCUCAAUUGAGUUUUUCAUGUGAGCACUGGAGCUUGUUUCGGUAUUUUAAUGGGAGGCGGGCUGCGUUGGAGUGCAUCUAGUGGGCGACACUUGCGAAGAAGGCGGAGGUGCCGGCGACCUGGUAGGCUUGGAUGGAGUCGCUUUCCGGGUACGUCUACAAAGCGGCCGCUGAGGGCCGAGUCCUGACGCUGGCCGCCUUGCUGCUCAACCACUCCAAGCCAGAGACACGAUAUCUACUGAGUUAUGUGACCCACCUCGCCGGCCAAAGGUCAACUCCUCUCAUCAUCGCAGCUCGAAACGGACAUGACAAAGUUGUGAGGCUGCUGCUGGAUCACUACAGGGUGGAUACUGAACAAACUGGCACAGUCAGAUUUGACGGGUAUGUCAUUGAUGGGGCCACUGCUCUGUGGUGUGCGGCUGGCGCAGGACACUUUGAGGUAGUCCGCCAAUUGGUGUGCCACCAGGCCAAAGUCAACCAUACCACUGUCACCAACUCCACCCCCCUGAGGGCAGCCUGCUUUGACGGGUGUCUGGACAUUGUGAAAUACCUGGUGGACCACCAGGCCAAAAUCGGCAUCGCCAACAAGUACGACAACACCUGCCUGAUGAUUGCUGCCUACAAGGGCCAUACGGACGUAGUGGGCUUCCUGCUGGAGCAUGGAGCUGACCCCAACUCCAAGGCCCACUGUGGGGCCACCGCCCUGCACUUUGCUGCUGAGGCGGGCCACCUGGACAUCGUUAAGGAGCUGGUGCGCUGCCAGGCUGCCAUGGUGGUGAACGGCCACGGCAUGACACCGAUCAAGGUGGCGGCGGAGAGCUGCAAGGCGGAGGUGGUGGAGCUGCUGCUGUCUCAUGCCGACUGUGGCCCGCACAGCCGCAUCGAGGCCCUUGAGCUGCUGGGUGCCUCGUUCGCCAACGACCGGGAGAACUAUGACAUCCUCAAGACCUACCACUACCUGUACCUGGCCAUGCUGGAGCGCCACCGCGAUCCCGUCAGCCUCAUCGCCAAGGAGCUGCUUCCGCCCAUCGAGGCCUACAGCGGCCGGGGCGAGUGCUGCACCCUGCAGGAGCUGGAGGCAAUCCGGGCAGACCGCAACGCGCUGCACAUGGAGGGCCUGAUGGUGCGUGAGCGUAUCCUGGGAUCAGAUAACAUUGAUGUGUCGCACCCCAUCAUCUACCGGGGAGCUGUGUACGCCGACAAUAUGGAGUUCGACCAGUGCAUCAAGCUAUGGCUGCAUGCGCUGCACCUGCGUCAGAAGGGCAACCGCAGCACGCACAAGGACCUGCUGCGGUUCGCUCAGGUCUUCUCCCAGAUGGUGCACCUGAAAGAGCCGGUGGGGGCAGAGCCAGUGGAGCAGGUGUUACACUGCAGCGUGCUGGAGAUCCAGAGGAACAUCGCAAGGGUGGAGGCGGCGCCUGAGGCAGAGCUGCACACGGCCAUGGACAACUACGAGUCCAAUAUGUUCACCUUCCUCUACCUGGUGUGUAUCAGCACCAAGACUGUGUGCGGCGAGGAGGCACGUGCCCAUGUCAACGAGCAGAUAUACAACCUGAUCCAGCUGGACCCGCGUUCACGGGAGGGCUUGUCCCUGUUGCACCUGGCCAUCAGCUCCAGCACGCCUGUGGAUGACUUCCACACCAACGACGUGUGCAGCUUCCCCAAUGCUCAGGUCACCAAGCUGCUGCUGGACUGCGGUGCGCAAGUGAACGCGGUGGACCACGAGGGCAACAGUCCUCUGCACAUCAUCGUCCAGUACAACCGGCCUAUCAGCGACUUCCUGACACUGCACGCCAUCAUCAUCAGCCUGGUGGAGGCUGGCGCCCACACUGACAUGACCAACAAGCAGAAGAAGACGCCACUGGACAAGAGCACCACAGGUGUGUCGGAGAUCCUGCUCAAGACCCAGAUGAAGAUGAGCCUCAAGUGCCUGGCGGCACGUGCCGUGCGCCAGCACCAAAUCACCUUCCGCAACCAGAUCCCUAAGACCCUGGAGGAGUUUGUAGAGUUCCACUGAUCCACCUGGCCAAGGAGGCUUUUUAAACCAUUGUGAUAAAAAAAAAAUAUAUAUAUUUUUUUUAUUGUUCUAAUUUUCUAUCAAAUCAAAAUGGUGCUUGCUGCUGAUGAUGAUUAGCUAUAGUUGGAUGCAUUUUAUUUUUUAAAACAAUGGUUCCUUUUUUCUGUUUUAAGUAUGAAUCACAAGUACCAGCAGCAUCUCCCAUAUCUCUCCCACUGAAGUGUUACGGUCUGUGGCAGUCAUUGUGACACAGUGGGUGUCACUAGCAGAAUGAGGAAAUUGUCAGCCUGCUUUGAGCUUUCACUUUCCCAAAGUGUUCCAGAGAGAAUACCUGGCAAAGCCAAGCAUCCACACAAUGGUGACAACAGCAGCACCUUUUGGCUGCUUUUAGUGCAUGGACCCAAUUGUCCCAGACUCCUAGCUAGGUUCGCAACCAUGAAAAGUAGCAUUACUCUAUUGAUUCAUUUUGCAGGUUGCCUGUUGAAGUGGUGUUGUAUGUAGGUUUGCAGUGAUUAUUAAGGCCCGUUGUUUGAGCAAGUGAAUGUGUGUCUGUGAGAGAAGAGAUGAGAAGGUAGUAGUUGAAUUUAGAACUUUGUACUUAAGAGUUUUUUUUUUUCAUAACCAAUAUAAAAAAAAAGGUUUAUUUAAGAGGUGUGUGAUUUUGUUUUGUACUUAAAAAUAUAUGUAUAAUGAGCUUUCUUUUACAUGAACACUGACUGGUAAAGAUGUGCCUUAUUUUAUAUUUUGGAAUAAUUAGGCCUAGAUAUCCCUUGUAACCAAGUCACCAACACUUGGGUUGUUGGCCCUCCUGACUUGCUUGGCUGCUGUGUGUGGAGACUCCACGGCUUUGGUUGAGCACUGCCACAUAAUGACCUUUUUUAAAUGGAUGCUGCUAGUAUUGAUGUUUGAGCAUGUCUUCCAUUCUCUGUCUUGUGUUUGUGUGUAGGUACGCAUGCUAAGCGAAUGAGAGAGGGACUGUGGAUUGUUCGUGGCGGUGUUGAAUGUUGACCUUUAGCCUAGGCUUUUCCACUCAUACUUGCAACCUGUCGUUUGUCCUUAACAACUAACGAUUCUAAUGUCUAUCAUUUUGUGUGUUCAAAUCAGAUGAUCAGAGAUUAAAGCUGAGAAUGAAAGGUGAUUUGAUUCAAGAUUUUCAUCCAAGUAAAUCAUAGCGUGGUGUUGUACAACUGAAAAUGCUAUAUUGAUUUGACCAGAUUUUACUUAACUGUGUGACUAUGUUUUUAUUUUGGGGGGCUUGAGUGGAGAUUGUAUGUAUUUUGUGUUUGAGGUGAGUAGUGGGCUGAGAUGCAAAUUAGCCUAAAGACUGUUUAACUCCGUGUUUCUUCAUCAGUUUACGUUUGUCAGAAAUACCAAUACCAAAUGUUUUAACAUUGGUCCAAAAAAUGUAAUGUGUAAAUGUAACAUUUUCUGACAUCCAAGAGGGUAGUGUCAAAAUUGGUCCAAUGUCGCAUGCAAUGACCCACAUGUCACGCAUACAGAUGGCUUCUGGAUUGAGUCAGAGCAACAGUGGGCUUAAAUCUUAACUGAUAAUUCCACACAGACACACACAGCUAUCAUUUCAUAUGGAAUCUGGCCAAUUCACCCUGUUGCUAUACAGAUAUUGCUCAAUUGUUAGGAUUUUUCAAUUUCAUGUGAUAUGAUGGAAUGUGUGAUAACACUGGUAUCUCUUUUCUGAUGGAUAUUGUAGUCAAGGUGCCCUAUUUUGGAGUAUUUUAUUUUGAAAUGUAUUUUUUACCUCCCUUUUUCUUCCCAAUUUUGUGAUAUCAAAUUAUGAUCUUGUCUCAUUGCUGCAACUCCCCAAUGGGCUUGGGAGAGGUGAAGGUCGAGUCAUGCCUCCUCUGAAACAUGACCCGCCUAACCCGUAAGCCAGCUGCACCAAUGUGUUGGAGGAAACAACACCAUCUUACUGACAAAUGAAUUCAUCCUGCAGGCACCUGGCCUGCCACAUGGAGUUGCUAGAGUGCGAUGAGCCAAGUAAAGCCCCUCUGGCCAAACCCUCCCCUAACCCAGACAACGCUGAGGCAAUUGUGCGCUGCCCUAUGGGACAAAACUGUUGUAACAUUCAAUUAUCAAUUAAUUUCUGUCAUAGCAUUCAAUUAUCGAUUAAUUUAAUUCUUGCACCAUGCAAUGAAUGAUCAGUUCUUAAGAUGUAUUUUCCUUAUCUAUACUGUCUGCACCAUGAUCUAUUUAGCCUGUGCACAUAUGACAGACAGUUGUUGUUGGUGGGAGCAGAUCCCUGGAGGAACGUGUAUUGAUCCUGCUGUAGAAUUCAUUGCGGCCAGCAGUUCUAACAAAUGAGUCACUCAGAAAAACAAAUCAUGACUUGAGUCAGUAGAAAUGGUUGUUUCAGUGGAAGGGCUCAGCACAGCAAGACUGGUGUGCUUUUUGGCCAAUGGCAAAGUGGGAUAAGGGCAUUGAGCUGGCACCCACAUUCUCAUGUCUGGGGUGUGUUGGGGGUCCCUGAGAGAUGGGGCUGAAGCAGGUUCACACUGUCGCCAUGGUUACCGCUCUUCUGGUGUCUUCCAGAUAGCUACUUGCUCCUCCUCAUCCUCCUGCCUGUUGAAGAAGCCCAGCUGGGAGGGCAGAGAGAGGGGAAAGAGUGAAACCCAGGGGUUAAACCAAAGAAAAUCACUCAAUCUCAGAUUGAUUGUCUGCGUGGCCAAGUUAACCACCCCUUUCAUGUAAAAAAAAAAAGUUAUGACCAUCAUGUUAGGAAAAGAGUACUGUAAUGAUCUUUUGUGCAUGUAUUAAACUGAAAGUUUGACCAAUUCCA